CUCAUUCUGCGCUCGAGUUUCCAUUUCUUCAACCUCGAUCGAGCAUAGGCGGCGAAAACCCCUGCACUCACCGUCGUCUUUCUCGGAGCAAAAUGGCCUCAGGUCGCAAUGGCACCAGGUUCUUCAGAGGUUGCAGAACCCUCUUUGAUUCUCUCAAAUCCACCACUCAAGCUUACUCUUCUACUCCUGCGGUCUCUGCCAAGGGGAAGCUAAAAGCCUCAAAUACCGCCGUUUCGGGCCAAAAAUCGGUAGCCGGACCAAAGAAAGUGGUGAAUCGUUCGACGGGAAUUUUUAAGUCCUUCCCAGUUUCUCCGGCUCUCGCUGGCUUCCUUGGCAUGUCCGAGACUUCGCGUUCCGAAGCCGUCAAACAAAUAUGGGCCUACAUCAAGCUGAAUAACCUCCAGAGCCCAGCUGACAAGAGGCAGAUCAAUUGUGAUGAAAAGCUGAAGGCUAUAUUUGAUGGAAGAGAGAAGGUGGGAUUCUUAGAGAUUGGAAAAUUGCUAACCCCUCAUUUUGUGAAAUCUAGUUAACCUUAAACUUCCAGUGCAUGCACUGGCUUAGUUGUUCUAACUGUUCUUUCUCAACCUGUCUUCCAAAUCCUUGAUGUUGUUUUCUUAUGUUGUGUUUUUUUUGGUUAAUCCUAUGACUUCACCUUUACUCUUUUGUUUGUAAAGGGGGUAUGCUAUUCCAAACAAACUUUGGAUAAGGAAAUAGAAGUAGUGAUGCUUGUGUGCUUAAAAUUGCUAUUCCUAGUCUCAUUAUUUCAAAGGUAAAUGCAUAUUUAUCAAUAGGUUAAAUGGUAAAUGUAAUUGCCAAAUUGAGGCUGGAGGCUUGAUUCA